CAACUUUACCGUUACAUAAUAAUACAAUCAAUAGAAAAGAAAAAUAUCCACGUCCCUUCUACCUAUUUCAGACCCGAGUCUUUCGUUCUCCCCUUUAUCGCCCCACCCACAAUUAAUGUCUCCCCCACCCUCCAAACACUUAAGUCUCGUAGUUUUCUCGCGAGAUUUCUUCUAGUCACCGACCAAACAUUUUCUGUUAGAAACAUGUCUGCUGUACUGAAGCUUGUUCGUCUUCGAUCAAACAACUUCACAACACCUGCUUUCCGCUUUUCAAAGAGACACUGCACCACAGGGAAAGGACGUAAGCUAUGUAUAUUUCACACUCCUGUGGCACUCAAAAAUGGCUGCUUGCGACAUCACUUAAAUUACAGCCAUAUGAACCAAUCUAAGAGAGCUUUCCAUCUUUCAGCAGCUAGAUGUGGAGAAAUUGUACAGUUUACCUUGGCAGAUAUUGGUGAAGGAAUAAAAGAGGUUAACAUAAAGGAAUGGUUUAUCAAUAUUGGUGAUCAAGUAGCUCAGUUUGACAGUAUAUGUGAAGUACAGAGUGACAAGGCAUCAGUGACAAUCACCAGCCGUUAUGAUGGUAUUGUACGGCGCCUUUACUACAACAUCGAUGACAUAGCGAAGGUUGGAGCUCCUUUGGUGGAUAUAGAACUGCUAGGAGACACCGAAACGGAAGAACAAGUGGAUACUUUUGAUGAAGAAGACAGCAAGUCUGAAGAACAGAUUCGUGGAAAGCUUCAAGUGAUGAAAUCUUUGGCAACUCCAGCUGUGAGAAGGAUUUCCAUAGAGAAGAAGAUUCCAUUAAGUUCUGUGAUAGGAACUGGAAAAGAUGGUAGGAUUCUUAAAGAAGAUAUUUUGCGUCAUAUUGAAAAUCUGACAAGAACUCCACCUGAGCCUCUCGUAGAAACAGCCCCUCUUCCUGCUGCUAAGAAACGCAAGCCUGAACCAGCAGUUCGGCCAUUCAUACCGCAGGCAUCAGUCCAAGAAGACAGAGUUGAGCCUGUUCGUGGUAUUCGCAAGGCAAUGGUGAAGAGCAUGAAUGCUGCCCAUGCAAUUCCUCACUUUGGUUACUAUGACGACAUUGACAUGUCUAGUUUAGUCCAACUGAGAUAUGACCUCAAGUCUGCCAGCAAAGCCAGAGGCUUGAAGUUGUCUUUCAUGCCAUUUAUUAUCAAGUCUACCUCGUUGGCUCUGUUAGAAUAUCCAAUCUUGAAUGCCUCAGUUGAUUCUAACUGUGAGAACAUCACAUACAAGGCUGCUCACAACAUCGGUAUUGCAAUGGACACUCCCGAUGGCUUGAUUGUCCCUAACAUAAAGAAUGUACAAAACUUGAGUCUACACCAGAUUGCUUUGGAAUUGAACCGGCUUCAUGAACUCGGCAUCAAUGGGAAACUUGGCCCCUCCGAACUAAAAGGCGGCACUUUCUCUCUUUCAAACAUUGGAAGUAUUGGUGGAACCUAUGCACGUCCAUUGAUAAUGCCACCUGAAGUAGCCAUUGGUGCACUUGGAAAGAUAUCAGUUCGACCCAAAUUCAAUCACGAAGGAGAAAUUGUGAAGGCACACACCAUGCAGGUCAGCUGGUCCGCCGAUCAUCGUGUAAUAGAUGGUGCCACAAUGGCACGCUUUUCAAAUAUAUGGAAAAGUUACCUAGAAAAACCUGGUACCAUGUUACUGGACACUAGAUAAAUACAUCGGAUGCAUUUGCACACCUCAUAUACACACACACACAUACAGUUACAUAGAAAUCUACACAUAUACACACACAUAAUAUAGCAAUUCUAGAAACCAGUGUGGGUCCAGUUAUUUCUACUGGAUGGUUUAU